CGUAAACUCUGGUAUAUUUCGUUUGGCUCCAUUAUGCUUGUGGCAAUUGAUGAAAUAACCAACUUUCAGUUUUGUUUCUGAGUACUAAGAUCGAAAAUGCCGCAAGAAUGAAGCACACCUUAAUAGAAGACAAAGGUAACCUGACGUCAGCUUUAUCUGAAAUCAAAAGCCAAAAACUCCUCGCUGUUGACUGUGAAGGUGUACACUUGAGUAGGUUGGGUGAACUGACUCUACUGACAAUAGCAACAAAGGCCGAGGUCUUCAUCUUUGACAUACAGAAACUCGGUCAGGCUGCAUUCGACAAUGGACUUCGUGAAGUUCUGGAGGACAAUUCCAUCGAGAAGUUGAUGUUUGACUGUAGGCAAGACUCCGAUAGCCUUUGGCAUCAAUUCAAGGUUAAAAUAGCAGGCGUGCUUGACAUCCAGCUCCUGGAAAUAAUGUUCCGGAGAGAUAACUUCCCUUCACCGCAAAGAACGUACAAAUCGUACAGGCGAAGUGCGAUGAUUGACGAUGUUGAGAAUGUUUACGGAUACUCGAGUUGCGUUAAGUUGUACCUUGAUGACGACGAUAUGAUUGCAAAGAUAAUCAAAGGCAGACAAAUGAAUGACGAAAUAGCGAAAAGACGCCCACUUCACGAAGUUCUUGUCCAGCAUUGCGUUGCAGAUGUAUCCGGAUUUUUCCUGCUGUAUGAAAAGCUGAAACAGUCCGACGCGGAUUUGCCUCGUCUGCGAGUUGCCUCAAAGCGCUAUGCGGACAUCUGGAGAGGGAAAGAGGACCGAUCUUUUGACGAAUACGAAUUUACCGCUCUGCUGCCAUUGGAGAUCAUACCUGAGAUAGGGACUCUCGGUUUCCCUGCUGCGACAACAAAGUGUACAAUAUGUGAUCGGAUGUUUCCACGGGAAGAAUUCAGUCGUAAUCAGCUGCAAAAUGGAACUCAAAAAUGUCGGGUGUGUAAGAAAGUCAAAUUGAGGAUAGAUAAUCGAAACUGGGCGGGGAGUGACAGUGAAGAUGAACUUUUUUUUUCUCAAAGUUAACUAUUAAAUCUGUACAAGCAGGUGUAGGAGUGUUACACCACUGCAAAGGACCACAAACUGCAAGUGUUUUAAUAAUUAUUUCACCUAAGCCUACCCCAUCCGUAUCUUUAACAUCUCUGCCUGCAACUAACUAACUAAAGGGAAAAACCUACUUUUGUCAAAUAGUGAACGGGAAUCCCCAAUGAUGAUUAAAUCCGGUAACAUCGACCAUUGCUGCGUCCUAUGAUUUUAUCCCUGUCUGAAAUGUCACACUAUAUCUCCUGUACGUGAUAAGGACAGCUUAGUUUAGCAAAGGUACUGAUGAUCCUACUUCAGUAACCUUAACAAUUAGCCGACAUAUUUAAUCUGUCUACUAUAUACUAUAUAUCAGUUUUGCUUGGUUCACUUUAUAGACAACUCGGCACCGACCGAUACUGACUACUGCGGGUGAUGAUCGAUUUCCAACUCUUACUAUACACUUUUCCAGCAUAUGUCAAAGAUUUAUUUGUCCGAACCUAUUAAUAUUAAUUGCGUAGAACAUCUUUGUAAAAUAAGAUUACAAGCACACAAAUUCAAUAUUAAAUGUUUUGAGUUACGCAUUAAUAAAAUCG